CGCAUCCAUCAACGAAAUAAUGUCAACCACUCGAUUGACCUUGUCCACCUGCGGCCUCCGCAGGUCGGCCCUUUGCCUCUCGCGACCUUUGUCUCAGCGCGCAUCUCUCUCGACAUCAGGGCGUGCAAGCCACAAUGUUGCUUCAAGCACAUCUCUCAAGUCAUUGAAUGCGGUAUACAAAUCACGCUUAACUCUUCCUCCCCGAUCCAACGGCCUCAUCCGCAAUGUAUCGACUGGGCCCGGAGCCGCGGCUGAGACCUACGUCGCGUAUGGAAUGACCCAGAAGCUUUUUGAAGCCUGCUCGAGCCAGGCAGACUACCAAGUCCCCCAGGCAACUCAAAAGGGAGUCGAGGUUCCUAUGACAGAGUCGGGCGAGCAUCUUGGCGUUAGUGAUAGCUGGUGGUAUCGAGAGCUUGGCCUUGUACCGACAUUUUCCACCUGGUCACAAAUUACCUUCCUGCACAUGUAUCUUCUGACCGUUCGACUACGCGCACUCCCCACUCGUGAAAGUGUCCAGACUUACUCCCGCCACCUGAUUGACCACUUCUCACACAACGCCGAACACCGCAUGGACGUCCUGCACGAUAUUGGGAGUCGUUCGAUCCGCAACAAGUACCUGAAGGAUCUCUUUAUCCAAUGGCGUGGAAUUAUUGCCGCAUAUGACGAAGGGCUGGCCAAGGGGGACGCGGUGCUGGGCGCUGCUGUUUGGAGGAACCUGUGGAAGGCCAACUCAGUAGGCGCUGAUGGAAAUGACAUUGAUUGGACCAAGGUUGCCUGGGUGGUGACUUAUAUGCGACGAGUUCUGUCGGAGCUUUCCAAGAUGCAAGAAGCGGAUAUGGUUUUCGCGCUCAGCAAAGGAAAUAUCCAGGAGUCGGGUAUCUUUGGAUAUUCACCUGCUGAUAAAAGAAUGGCUGGGGGUAAGUAAGCCUUCGAGUCUGGACAUAAAAGUGCCUUUGAGCAUGUA